GCCCCCUCUCCGCUGCAUCCGCGGCGGCCUGAGGUGAGCUGAGGGGCGGGGGGUGCGGCGGCGGCGGCGCGGCCUGGAGGUGAGAGGGGUCCGGAGGGAGCAGGGCCUGACGGAUGCGGUGGUGGGGAGGGAGACGCCAGGCUGAUUUGGAAGGGGGCUGUAAGGGGGCUGUCGGAGUACGGUGUAGGCUCCGCGAGAGGGGAGCCCCCGUAGGCCGCGGCGCGGGGACGGGGGGCGGCUGUGGAGAGCCGUUCCGUGAGGCCUGGGGUUCCGAGCGCGGGGGGCUGCCCGGUGCUGGGCGUUAUGGGCCCACCGGGGCUUUGAGGCCGGGGGUCGGCUGAGAGCUCCGUCGGGCACGAAGGGCCCCACAGCUGCGCCCGCUCAGCGUCAGCGCAGCCUUCGGGAGGGUGAGGGGGGAUCCGGGGCUCCCCCGGCAGCGCUGCGGCUUUUUUCCUCCCUUCUGCUGAGCCCUGAACGUCCCCGGGCUGCGAGUACCGCUGACUCAGUCCUUCUCCUCCCCAUCACGCCGAGUUCCCCCGUUUGGGGCUUUGGCGUUUAUCUCCUUCGUUGUUAUGCCUCGUUAAUGACGGUUAAUAGCAGUUGAUGAUUUGUGUGUGCUGCCAGCGGUGCACUCGUGGGGGCUGUAACUCCACCAGCAUCAAAAGUUGUGCUCAGCUCCAACUGUUGUGCUGCCUGUCCCAAGCAUUGGGUUGUUGUGGUACCACCUGGAGUUCUGCCCUUUUGGGCUUUCCAGGCCCAAUGUGCUCUUAACAGCCGUCCCAUGAGCACCACUUCCCGAUAGAACGCCCUUAAAGGAGCAUUUAAAUGUUUUCUGAAGCCCUCAGCGGAAGGUUCUGGUUGGAUCCCGGAUGAAGGAGCUCAGAGGUGACUGCAGGAGGAUUUAACCUGAGACAACUGACACCAGCAGCCGCGUGACAAGGAGCAGCUUUCCCCAGGAAGAAGCCGUGCUGCUCUGUGGGGCUGUCAGCUGAAUUCUGACAGCUCCAGACCCCGCUUGCCCUCUCUGCUGCGAUUUUGCCAUCCCAGACCAAGCACCAUCCGCUCCCCUCCUCGACUGGAGGCCGUGUGUGAAUCACAGCUGCACUGCUCAAGGGCCACAACUUAUUUCCCCACCCCUCCUCCUCCUUCUCAUAUAGCUGCACAUUAGAGCAAACACACCGAGAUGUCUAAAAAGCAAAACCCAAAAGAUCCAUCUGGGUUCAUAUUUGAUGUGCAGUCCAACACCGUGAUGGCCCAAGGAGGAACCUUUGAAAACAUGAAGGAGAAGAUCAACGCCGUGCGUGCCAUAGUCCCAAACAGGAGCAACAAUGAGAUUGUCCUCGUGCUCCAGCAUUUUGACAACUGUGUGGACAAAACAGUGCAAGCGUUUAUGGAAGGUAACGCCAGUGAAGUACUGAAGGAAUGGACUGUCACAGGCAAAAAAAAGAACAAGAAGAAGAAAACCAAACCGAAACCGCAAGCCGAGGCGAGCCCUGGCCCUGCAGACCCCAGGAAAUUGGUGUCCACUGGAGAGGAGCAGUCAGCAAACUCGGAGAAGGGGGGAAUUAACGGUUUCCAUGUCAACGGCUGUGCCCACGACACGGAGUCGGUGGACUCGCUCAGCGAAGGGCUGGAUGCGCUUUCAAUUGAUGCCAGAGAGCUGGAGGAUUGCGAGCCCGCCGUGCCAGACAUGCCUGAGAGAACAGUGCCUCAACUAGAGAAUGGAAUUGCAGACCUCGACACCAAAUCUCUCACCGUGCACCCUGCCCAGAGCCCUUCGUCUCUCAGACAGCGUCCUGAUCAGCACAGCGCGAGCAGGUCCGGCUCCAGACCCACAGCCUCCACCUCCCUGCCUGCUGUGCGCCUGGAAAACGUCCCCUUCUCACCUGCAAACAAGAAGCUGGGUUCUAAUAUUGAAAAAUCAGUGAAGGAUCUCCAGCGCUGCACCGUCUCACUGGCUCGGUACCGGGUCGUGGUGAAAGAGGAAAUGGAUGCUUCCAUUAAGAAGAUGAAGCAGGUAUUUGCUGAGCUGCAGAGUAGCCUCAUGGAUCGCGAGGUGGCAUUGCUGGCUGAGAUGGACAAAGUGAAGGCAGAAGCAAUGGAGAUCCUGAUGAGCCGGCAGAAGAAGGCAGAGGCCCUGAAGAAGAUGACCGACGUGGCAGUGCGGAUGUCAGAGGAGCAGCUGAUCGAGCUCCGAGCCGAUAUAAAGCACUUUGUAAGCGAGCGCAAGUACGAUGAGGAGCUGGGCAGAGUGGCACGGUUUACAUGUGACCUUGAUGCAUUGAAGAAGAGCAUCGCUGCCUUUGGGCAAGUUUCCCACCCAAAGAACAGCUACUCCACCCGCUCCCGCUGCAGCUCCGUCACAGCCGUGUCCCCGAGCAGCCCCAGCAACGCCUCUGCUCCCUCCAGCCCUGCCUGUGCCUCUGCCAUCAGCCUUACCACAGUGAGCAAGAAGCCCCCAUCCUCCGUGGAGGCGGCCGUGGAGGGUGCAGGCAGCCAUCCCCCCCAGCCCCACCGAGAGGCUGCCCCAGGGAACAGGCGACCAGGACCACCGGGACCGCCGGGCUCCCGGCCCCAAUCCCACACCGCUCCCCCCCCUGCCAGGCGGCCCGGCGGCCCCCGGCACCGCAGCGGAGCGGGUCCGGCGCUUGGCCGGCACCAGAGCAGCCCGGGCAGCCCCCACCAGAUGCAACCCCCGGAGCCCGGACCUGCGGCCGGAGCUGCGGCCACGCACAGCAAAGGGCUCCCGCAGCGCAAACCCCGCGCCAGCCGCCAGGAGGGAGCCAGCUCCUGAGGCUUCCCCAUUUCUGCCCUGAGGGGACGAGACUGUAGGAAGCUCCUAGCUAGAGAUAUUAACAAAGGAAAGUUUACACUUCUCAGUUCUUGUGCCAUUAUUAUUAUUUUUUUUUUCCUUCCUUCUCUUUCUCUGACGUCUGCUUUGUGUUCUUCUCUCACAUCUACUGCACCUCCACCCGGGCUCAGGGCCCCUUUGCUGCUGUCACUGUUGCCUUUUUCUUUCCCCUCUAGAAAAUCUCCAUGGCUCUGGUGUCACUGUAGGCAGAGGGGGCCCAAACACAGCCCCCAGCCUCUUUGUCCCCGCUCUGCCCUGACCCCGGGGUCUCACAUUGAAGGAGCAACCCCGGGACAGCCCAGCCCUCGUGCUGGCAACGAGGACGAGUGCUGCAACACGAGAGUAGGGGGCAAUUUGGGGGAGCCAGGAGGGGUUUGUGGGGUCUGAACCCCCAGCGUUGUGCCAGCGGGACCCUGUGCACACUGCACACCGCGCCCUUCUCUGGUUUAUGUUGAGGGGAAAACUCUUGGUUUAAUUCACUUCCCUCUCUUGUCCGGACCCACCCUAAAUUAAACAGAGCAAUAUCAAUUAGCAGAGCUAAUCCUAGCUGCUACUAAGCGGCGAUGGCCAUUACUUAGCAUUGUCCAAAUAAAAGGCGAUGUUCGUGUUCA